ACAAAAAAGAAAAGAGAUCCAGCUGCAUAGAUAGAUAUAUAGCGAGGAUUGGCAACUAUCGGCAUUGAGUCAUCGCUUAGGGAGUUCUGUGUCGGCGCUGGCUCGGUCGGUCAGCCCGCCCGGGAACGGGAGCCAGUAACGCAUAGGAUAUCUCUGAGUUAACCUUGGAACCUUACCAUCCUAAUCACCACCACCACCAUGAGCGCAGAAACCACCCUCAAGGACUUGCCCAAGGUCGACAGUGUGCUCAAGGAACAGCUUGAGGGCUUCUCUCAAGAUAAGUUGAAGAAAACGGACACUGCCGAGAAAACUUCCUUGCCGACAAAGGAGGAUGUGGAAAGCGAGAAGCAGCAUGACAAACUGAUGCACAACAUCGAGGACUUUCGCAGCGACAAACUGAAGCGCACCUCUACCUCGGAAAAGAUUGUCUUGCCUACUCCUGAAGACGUGGCAGCAGAGAAACAGAGUCAGGCUCUCUUCAAUGCAGUCGAGGGCUUCGAUGCCUCCUCACUGAAGCAUACCGAUACCAAGGAAAAAGUAAUUUUACCAGCAAAGGAAGAUAUUGAAAGAGAACGAACACACCAGAGCAUAUUCCAAGGAGUCACUGAUUUUGACAAGGCUUCAAUGCGACAUGCAGAAACUCAGGAAAAAAUUGCCCUACCCGCCAAAGAAGAUAUUGAAAGAGAAAAAGCAGAACAAAAACUUUUCCAGGGAAUUUCUUCCUUUGAUAAGUCAGCAAUGCGUCAGGUCUCUACUGAAGAAAAAAUCUUGCUUCCAACCCAAGCAGAUAUUGAGAGUGAACGUACACACCAGAGACUCUUAGAGCGCUUAGUCUCCUUCGACAAAAGUGAGAUGAAGCCCACAAAAACUGAGGAGCGAAAUGUUUUGCCAUCAAAAGAAGAUAUUGAUGCUGAGAAGGGUCAGCAGGCCCUCUGUCAAGGUAUUGAAAAGUUUGACCCCUCGGCUCUCAAGAAGACGGAGACCACUGAGAAGAAUAUUCUCCCGACUAAGGAAGUCAUUGAAGCGGAGAAGAAAGCUUAAUUGGGUGGAAGUGGCCUCAAGAGUUGCUCCUCCUGUCUCCUCCCUGCUCCCCCAGGCCUUCCUUUUAGGGUCUGCAAGCCAAAAUGUUUUGUACUUUGAUAACCAUAAGUAUAUAGGUCAACUGAUUUUGUAACUUCAUAUCAGAUGCUAUUCUAUUAUUUUUUGCUUUAUUGAUAAAGAAGACGGUGCUCGUUGAUAGCAAGGCGUUGGCAGAAAGUCCUUUGAGGAACUGUUUGAUAGUCAAAGGUUUGACAUGCUUUGCACUCCCUUAUUUUAUGAUCAGCAAUGCUAGUGGACCAAAAAUUCACCUUGCUUUCAUCUCAUAUUUAGAGGAUAGACUUCUCCCAUGAAGGAAAUGGAAAACUGCCAAGUGGUACAAUUUUUUUUCUUUUUUAAUUAAAUUGAAGCUACAUUUGAGUUUCCCUUUUUUUUUUUUAUUUAAGUUUCCCCAUUAUGUUAUGGUUAGGAUUUUCUGACUUGCAGUGAAAUAUUUUCUUUCAAAAUCAUUUGCUUUUUGGGGCAUCCAAUUAUAUGUGAUUUUGGGAGUCAAUAAAAUGCUUUUGUA